AACUCCAUCUCCUCUCUUUUAGCUUUCAUCAAUAAUUGUCUCUCCUUCUUGUGAGUUGUGAACCAACAAAAACUCACAAUCACUAAAUAAAAAAAAGUCUAUACGUGAAUUUUUAGACAGAGAAAUGGAUCAAAAAUUGCCCGUUGUAGCUAAAAAGUUCUACAAGAUAGUCCGUGUGGCUUACUUCAUGCUAAGAAAAGGAUUAUCAUCAAAGAGAAAACUAAUGUUCAAUCUCAAUUUACUAAUGAAACGUGGUAAGAUAGCUGGCAAAGCCGCCUUCCAAAAUCUGAUGUUCCAGGGCCAUAAUAAUAAUAAUAUUCAUCAAUCAACUUCAAAAGAGUAUUACGAGUUCAGCUGCAGUAACAGCCCGGCUUUUCACCUCCCCUUCAACAUCAACAAGCGCAUUAGUAAGCCUGAACACGACGACGUUUCAAUGAUGAACGCUGCUGUUUUGAAGGCAUUAGAAAUGCUUCAGAGCGAAACAGCAUCACCUGCUUUGCCUGGAUUUGGAAGGACUCCAACGGUGAGGCAAUUAAGAAUCACUGACUCGCCUUUUCCUCUAACAUCAGAUACUGAUAACGGUGAAAUGAUCAACCACGUAGACGAAAAAGCUGAUGAAUUCAUUUCUCGAUUCUACAGAGAUUUGAGAAGAGAAGCUUCCACCUUUGCUUAAUUUUUUUGUUGUGAUAUUCCAGAAUUUCUUAGAGGAGAAACUCAAAAAAAAAAUAAAAAAUUUAGAGUUUAUAAAGGUGAUGAUAAUUUGUAAUUUCGUCCCAUAAUUAAUACAUUCAAGGCUGUGAGUAGUCCUGAAAUUCUGCAUUCA